AAAGAAGAAAAGCAAAGAAAGAUGAGGUCGAAGUUGAAGUUAUCGCUCAUAGCUAACAACUACUUGAGGAAACAAACAUUCAAGAGGAGGAAGGCAGGGAUAGAGAAGAAACUCCAUGAGUUCACGACUCUCUGCGGUGUGAAAGCCUGUGCGGUCAUCUGCAGCCCGUACGAGAAUCCGGUGUUGUGGCCGUCAGCGGAAGGCGUCCAAGAGGUGGUUUCGAAGGUUAUGGAGUUACCGGUGGAAGAUCAGUGCAAGUAUAUGUUUAAUCACGAGACCUAUUUGCGUCGCGAAAUCACCAAAGCAGAGAAGCAAGUGGAAAAGCUGCGUAGUGAUAACCGAGAGACUCAGCUUAGACAAUUUAUGUUUGAUUGUCUCGAAGGCAAGAUGAAUCAGCACCCGUAUGAUGCAACGGACCUUCAAGAUCUGAGAUCUUAUAUUGGUAGCUAUAUCAAGAAGCUUGAUUUCAGGAUGAAGGUCCUUACAGAAGAAAAUGGUGAGUCCUCUUCCUCCACUCUGCUUCUUCCUUCUUCAGUUGCUGGUGCAGAUUCUCCUGCUGUUGAGGUUACUGGUCAUCCUGUUGUUGCGGAUGCAUCUAUGGUAACUGAACUUAAUGGAUUUUAUGGUUAUUUUCCUUAUGACGGUAUGACUAUGAAUCCGAUUCCUAAUCAGCAUGAGUCGUUGGUUCAACACCAUGUUCCUGUUGACUCGGUUCAACACCAUGUUCCUGUUGGCUCGGUUGAAUACCAUACUCCCAUGAAUUUUGAUGAUCAGAUUCAACAUGGAAUCUAUGAUAUGAAUUUGCACCAGGAUAUGAGUUUGGAUCCAAAUCAGUAUCCGUAUCAACAGGGAUCAUUUAUGAAUCUGUUGCUGGGACAUCCUCAAGAAAUGGGUUAUGAUGGAGAACAUGCCCAUAUCCCUUUCGUGAACGGCAACUAUCACCAGCUACCAACCAUGGAUUUUGCUACAACUGGUCACAUGCCUUCCAUCAACACCAACACCAUUGCGGGUGUUUAUGCUCCUGAUGACAUCAAUGCUCUUUAAUCAGAAGAUGUGCAUUUCUAAUAAGUGAAGUGUCAAUUGUUUGCAUUUGUGUUUGUUCAUUUCAAAGGACAAAUAUUUGAUGAUGUUUUUGACUUUUCUAGUUCUCUACCUUUGAAUGGAUUCUAUUAUUUAUGGCAUUAGAUAAUGUAUCAA